UCGAGAUUUGGGUGUCAUUCAUGAUUUUCAGUUGCGAACAAUUAAGAGAGACUCUACAUUAUUAUUUUCCCAUCUUUGAUACCAGCCAUGGAGCAGGAAUCUUCCACCUCAAGAAAUCCCCAACUUCCGAACAAAUGGAUUGAGAUUCAAGAAUCACUCAAGAAAAGGCUUAUCCAAGAGGAUUUUUUCACCUGGAAAAUACCACAGUUGAGACACCGAGAAAAUCAAGAUUUGGACAGGGGUGAAAGUGAAAUCCUCAAGUUUGUUGGUGGGGUUGACCUGAGUUUCUCCAAAAAUGAUCCCUCAAUUGCUUGUGCUUCGCUUGUGGUUUUGGAUCUUUCCACUCUUGAAGUUGUUUAUGAAGACUGCGCCAUAGAUGAGCUCAGAGUCCCUUAUGUUCCUGGUUUCUUAGCUUUUAGAGAGGCCCCUGUGCUUCUAGAACUUCUCGAGAAAAUGCAGAAGAGAACACUUGCAUCAUAUCCCCAGAUAAUGUAUCUUUGUUUUCUAUUGAAAUCCUUGGAUGGGCUUUUAGGAUUUGGAUUGGCUUGUCAUCUCGGUGUUUUGGCUGAUCUACCUACAAUUGGAAUUGGAAAGAAUUUACAUCACGUUGAUGGUCUUUCUCAACAAAGUGUGAGAAAACAGCUGGAAGCUAACGGAAACUCAUGCAGUGAUAUUGUCCCUUUGAUCGGCAACUCUGGGUCCACCUUAGGGGCUGCGAUGCGAUCGGCUGAACGCUCCAUGAAGCCCAUAUUUAUUUCAGUUGGUCACCGUAUAUCUCUUGCCACUGCCACCCUAAUCGUCAAACUAUCCUGCAAAUUUCGGGUCCCGGAACCCAUUAGGCAGGCGGACAUUAGGUCGAAAAUUCACCUUCAGAAGCACGGUUUAAGCUAACUCAACCAUGGAUUUAUGUCGAGGAAGCUGCAUAUUAUAUAACACUUGUGUAUGUAUAUAAUUUCCAUUUCAAGAAAAAAAGGUUGCCAUAUUUAUAGUCAUCAUCUUGAGUUUUAUGCAAUGACAGAUUAUUCUCACUCUCACCAACAAAAUUGAGUCAUCAUCGAGUGAAGUAGCAAUAAAUUCCGUCGUUAAGUUUCUGUUUUACAAACGCCGAAUCUUGUAAAUUCAAACUACAUAUAUUCCCUCCUGUGAACUAUGCUAUUGGGUUGCACUUUACCCAGGCAAAAAGGACCAACAGCAGCACAAGCACCCGAACCGCCAUCCCAGGCGGCGGGCCCCACUCGACCCCACCACCGCUCUCCCCUCCCCGCGUGUCAAUCAUGAUCUCAAACCUACACUCCCCAGCCGACGGGUCCCGCAUGGUGACCACCGAAAGGUUCGCAAACCUACACGCAUCCUCCCUCUGAUCCUGAAUCUGGUAGUAGUUGUUAAACGCAUACGAGAUAUUCCCCCGAGCAUCCAGUCCCCCGCACGAGCUCCCGUUCCCUAGGCUCGUGCAGUCCGCGCGCGCGCACGCGUAGCCCACACUGUCGGCCACCCGUGUGUCGUCCAUGCUGGCCUCGCCAGCCAUCACGCACCACCGUCUCGGCAGCCGGCGAACUCCCUCUGCCCCCACCACCACACCACCACCACCACGCGUUCCGAGGCUGAGAUUGUACUUUGGAGUACCGUCGUAGUAAAAAAUCCCCCAGUGUCGCUCGAAGCUCCCCGGCUGGAUGCUCUUGGCGUCCUCGUCCACGAGGCUGAAGAGGUAAGCGUUGAUGGGUACUCCCGGCCUCAUGGGAGUCCCCCGGUUGACUCGGGACAAGAAGCCCUGGUUGAACCGCUGGGCGUAACCCGGGUUUGCGGUUGGCCCACCGUCGGUGGGCCACCCGACUUCGCCAACGAUGAUCGUCAUGUUGGGGAAGCCGUUGGUGCGUAAGGCCCACACGAGGGUGUCGAAGUUGGCGUUGAAGACGUUGGUGUAGGUGUGGGGCCCGUCGAGGAUUGGGGAGGAGUAGGUGUCGUCAAAGAAGGCGUAGUCGAGGGGGAAUGAGGGGUCGUUGUGGAGGCUGAUGAAGGGGUAGAUGUUGACGGUGAAGGGG